GCGCCGCGGGCGGCUCCGCCGAUGUUUUGCUGCCCGGGGCCGCCGCUCCCCGCCGCGCUGCCGCUGCUGCUGCUCCUCGUCGCCUCCUCCGCUCCCGGGCGGCCCUGCGGCCCCGCGGGGCUCUCGCGGGACACGGUGCUGGGGCGCCCGGGAGCGAACGUCACCUUGACCUGCUGGGACAAGGGGCCAGCAAACGUCACCGUGUUCUGGCAGGUGGAGGAGUGGGGGGCAGUGGGGGGCCCCAGGAGGCGGCUGGCGGAGGGCAACGCGCUGCUGCUGCGGCGGCUGCGCUACGAGGACUCGGGGCGCUACGGCUGCUACGCGGGGGGCCGCUUGCUGCGCUCCCUGCGGCUGCUGGUGGAAGAGCCCCCCGAAACCCCUCGGGUCUCCUGCUACCGACGGAGCCACAACAAAGACGUCCUGUGCGAGUGGCCGCUGCGGGUGAAGCCGUCCCCGGGGACGCGGGCGAUGCUCUGGGUGAAGCAGAGAUUUGCAGCCGAGAACGCCACGGAGCAGUGGUGCCGGUAUUUCUCCAAGGCGCGGAAGUUUGUUUGCCGGGUGAAGGUGCCACCCGGCGCCGACGACACCAAACCCCUCGUGGUGUCCACGUGCGUCAACAACGGUGCCGGCGGCUCGGCCGGAGAGGACAGGAUCAUCACCCUCAGCAGCAUCCUGAAGCCCGACCCCCCCCUCAACGUGACGGUGGAGGCUCUGGAAAAGGCACCGCAGCAGCUGCGGGUCAACUGGUCCUACCCUUCAUCCUGGGACCCCCGUUUCUACUGGCUCCGCUUCCAGGUCCGCUACCGCCCCGAGCCCGCCCAGACCUUCACGGAGGUGGACCAGGUGAUGACGACGUGGCUGGACAUCCGUGACGCUUUGCGGGGGACGCGGCACGUGGUGCAGGUGCGGGCGCAGGAGGAGUUCGGCCACGGCGUGUGGAGUGAGUGGAGCCGGGUGGCAGUGGGGACCCCCUGGACAGACCCCGGGGACCUCACCUCUGAAAUGGGACCCUUCAGCUCCCAGUUCCCCGUGGACGAUGGCGCCUACGGGGUCACGCUGCCCCCUGAGCUCUUCGGGGAUCGUGCUGCUGAGGGUGCUGGUGGGGCUGUUGUGAAAGCCAGCGCCCGCUCUGUGGCAUCCCCCUACACGUUCCUGGUAGCCGGGGGGAGCCUGCUCCUGGGCAUCGCCCUCUUUGUGGGCAUCAUGGUGAGGUACAGGCAGACGUGGCAGACGGGCAGACAGCGAGGGGCCAAGCCAGAGGGCGAGGGGCAGCAUGUGCUGGUGCCCCUGAGCCCCCCCGGCCCCCCACUCAGUGAGACCCCCCUGCUCUCGCCCUCCGGACCUCUGGCCCCCAGGACUCUCCACGUCACCAACUUGGACUAUUUCUUCUCAGGGCAGUAACUGGGGGGCUGGACGCUCUGGCAGGUGCCUGCACAUUGGACAGGGGUCCCUGGCUCUGGGGGGGGGUCCCAGGGUCGGGAUGUGCCCCUGGGAGCAGCCCCACCCCACCCCCUUUCUGGGUGCCAAAAGCUGCCCCCAGGCCCCGUGGCUGGGAGCAGCCUCUGAGGAAGGGGAUCAGUGCCACCCCCAUGGAGAACCAGCCCGGGGGCCGGGGGGGGGGCCCCCAAGAUGGGUCCCAGUGCGGGGCAGCCCUGGCGCCCCAGCCAAACUGGGAAGCUGAGGGUGAAGGUGCUGGGCGCGCAUCCAUGCCGGAACGUGGGCGCAGGGCUGGGCUCUGCCCGCAGGGCAGGGUGUGGGGGUCCCCUUGCGGAAGGGCCUAACCCCCCCCCAGUGCCACAGAUAUCAGGGAAGGGGGGGGCCUGGCUGGAUCAGCCCCAUCCCUCUGCCCCGCCCCCCCCCGGGGCUUAUUUUUAAAGCAUAUUUUGGGUAAAUGUGGUAAAAUGUGUCCCCUAAAUAAAUGCCUUGGAUUUGUAA